CGAGGAGAAAAGUUGCUAGUCUUACCAGUGAUCGAGAGAGAUACAAGUUGCGUAUCGCUGCGGCGGUCAAUUGUCUUCAUCCGUAUAGUCGAAUACCCUCAUUUAACCUCGCGCAGGACCGCCGGAGUCAUGGCAGUUGAACCGCACUCCAGCUCGCCAAUUCCUGUGGAACAGCUUUCCAAGAUCGCUGCUGAGGCAUGCGACUCCACACUCGAGGGUGUCGAGCAGUAUGAACAUGAAAAGGUCUCCGAAUGGAGCGCACAGAUUAUAAACCAAGUCCUUCGAUCACUCAUAUCAUCCAUCUCCUCAGAGGAGGCGGAUAAGGGAGAGGAGAGCAAACCUGACCCUAAACCCACAUAUCGAUUCAACGUUACGUGCACGAUCAUUCAGCAAGGAUUCUCAAGCAAGGAAGGCUCCACUAAUGUUGAAGCUCGAGGACGACGAGGCAUGCACUGUGCAUCAGGCGCAUACUGGGAUACCAAGCAUGACGGCAUGUGGACGUAUAAACAUCCUGUGGCCGAGGAGAAGGGGAUGGACCUAGUGUUGAACAUUGUCUGGUUUGGCUCUCUGAGAUGAAUCCUAUGGGGGAAACGUGCUGUGUUCUUGUUUUAGGUCUUGGAACGGUAUAAAAUUUGAAUUCUCCUGGAUGGAAAUGUGGUGAAUUUUUUUGGGAGCAUAAAUGAUUACAUAGGAUAAUGGUCAUUACUUCUAUUACGU